AUGGCUAAUAGGAAGCUACAGAAAGAUAUUGAUAUAAUAUUCAAAAAGAUCCAAGAAGGUCUUCAUGAAUUCAACUAUCAUUACGAACGUUAUGAAAGCAUAAACACUGAAGAUGACAGUGAUAAUCAACGAGAGAAGGAAAAACUUGAGAAUGAUUUGAAGAAGGAAAUCAAACGACUUCAGAAAUUCAGAGAACAAAUCAAAAUCUGGCAACUGAAUGAUGUAAUAAAAUCAUUGGGGCUAUCGUCUUCUUCAUUGUCAAAUAAAUUGAAUGACAAUAAGAAACUAAUAGAAGAAGCUAUGGAAGUGUAUAAAGAUGUGGAACGAAGUUCCAAAUUGAAAACAUUUUCAAAUCAAUCAAUCUUAAUGGCAUCCAAGGAAAAUCAUAAUAAUAGUUUUCGAGAUGAUGAUGAUGAUGAUGAAGAUGAAGAAGAUAGUGAUGAAGAUGAUCUGGAUGAAUUCGAUUCAAAUGAAGAAGAAGAUGAUGAUGAGGAUUUACGUCCUGAAUCACAAGAGAUUGUUACUUUCCUAAAAGAUGGAGUUCUUCAACUAAAUAAUCAAAUUAAGAAAUUAAAUGCUGAAUUUGAUAAAUUAUCUCAAAAGAAAUUAAGAAAAAACAACUUAAGUACCAUUGAAAGUAAAAAGGAAAAGAUUCAAUCAACUGUAGAUUCUCAUAAAUAUCAUACCAAGAAACUAGCUAAGAUCAUUAAAUUAAUCAAAGCCAAUCGAUUAGCUGAUGUCAAUGUUUGUUGGGUCAUCAAAAAUGAUUUAGAGAAAUAUAUUGAAUCAAAUGGUAAUGAUGAAUUUGAUAAUGGUUUAUAUGAUGACAUUUUCAAUCUGGUAACUAUCGAAGAAGAUGAUUACGUCGAAGGUAAUACAACUACCGAAAUUUAUUCAACCCCCGUAAAGAAAGAAAAAGAAGUACCUGUUAUUCCAGCAAAUGGAAAUGGCCAAUCUGAGAUUAAAAUUGCCAAAGUUGUUACCAACCAACAACAAGCUCCAUCAUCACUACCUCCAGUAUCUACUUCACCACCACCAAAGAAAGUAAUUAGUCCGGAAUUAGCCAGUCCCGCCAUUGUUCGUACUCUUAAACCAGCUUCAACUCCUAUUAAACCAGUAGGUACAAUGAAAUGGUCAGCUGCAGCUGUCGCAGGGUUAGCAGAUCAUCCAAGUUCAUCAAGUAGUAAAUCACCGGAACCAUCAACUACCUCAAGUAAUGGUACUUCUAUAACAAGUGUGGAAGAAGAUCAAGUGAAAAAACCUGUUGAAUCAACCAUCGAAAGCAAAUCAGUGGAACAACAUCUUUCUAUUAUUAAUGAAAUCCAAGAACAAGAUACUGUGAAAUAUUCUACUAUUUUGAAAAAUUCAGGAAUUUCUAAUGUUGAAUUUAACUUGUUUAGUGAUGUGAAAUUAGUAAGUUUACCACCAGGAAUGCAAGAUUUAGUAGUAUCUUUUACUUCUAAAAGAAACAAAUCAGAUGAUUUCCAGUUGUUAUAUGAUAGUCCAGAAUUUAGUCAAUAUUCUACUCCAAUUAUUAAACCUUUCUUACCUGAAAAUAUUAAUAAUUAUCCAGUUCAAUUCUUAAAGUUACAAGCAGGUUGGAAUAAGAUUAGAGGACAAUAUGAUUUUGAAGGGUUUGUAAAAGAAAUUCAAACUUUGGCAACCAAUAAUAUUCCAGAAACUAUUCCUCAAAUCAAUGAAUUGACUAGUAUAUUAUUUUAUGGAUUUUAUUAUGGUAUAACUCCCCUUGAGAAUUUGAUUGCAGAACAAAGUUUAUUUAACUUAGGUUGGAAACCUUACAGAUUACAAGAUGUUGGACAAAAUCCAUUAUUAACUUCUGUGAAGUCCAAUAAUUAUUUCUUCUGGGUUAAACAAAUUAGUUCUUUACCUUCUAAUGAUAUCAAUUUUGAAUUUGGAGAUUUCCAAAUAUUUAAUUUAUCAACUUGGGAAAUCUUUGUUAAGAAUAAUUAUAAGUUGGAGACUAGAUUAUUACAACUUGAUCCCUCGAUUAGCUUUGUAUAG